CUUCCGGAACGGCAAUAACCGAACGGAAAAUUCCGUAUUUAGAUUUCGGUUAAAUCCGUCAAGACAACCGUUGUCCACAGUAACAAGCAUGGCAGAAUGGGUGGAAUUAUCCCGAGCCCUUAAAAAACAGUCAGAUGCAGAAAAUCUACGUAAAAGAACACAAGAGAAUUUAAAAAAUGUUACUCAAAGAGAUGCACACAUUGUGGCACCUCUUGAUUAUUCAUUCUUUGGCUUGUCAACAGUGGAGGAUGCUGAGACAUUGGAGCCUAGAGCUGUAGAAGUCAGCAAAGGGGUUUCACAUGCCACAUCAUCUAGCAAGAGCAAAGGGCGGUGCCUUCGUAUGAACAACAACUCUUUAGUUGAUAUCAAGGGACUGUAUAAUUUAGUUACCAAUCUGUUUCUCAUCCCUGACUGGAUUGGUUGGAUAGACCUGUCCUACAACCAGUUGCCAAUUAUUGAUCCGGUGCUCCUGAAGUUUGAGAAACUGGAAAUCUUGUAUCUUCAUGGCAAUGCUAUCAAAGACAUUAAGGAAGUGAACAAAUUGGAAGAUGCUCGGUCGUUACGCAAACUGACUUUGCAUGGCAAUGAAUUGGAGAAUGAGAAGGACUAUCGCAAGAAAGUCCUGGCAAUGCUUCCACAGCUGCGCAGUUUGGACUUCAGCCCUGUCACCAAGGGGGAGAACAUCACAGUUCUAUGCUGGAAGAAGAUAAACUCUCCUAAAAAGAAGAAAGUGAUUGCAGAAGACUGAUUAUUUUGCUAACUUAAAUGUCAGUAUUUACCUUAACCUUGCAUUCAUGCUAAAAUUAUUUUCAAAAUGAAUCUUUCAGGCCAUUGCAGGUGUGAUUAUGUGUUUUUGGUUUUAUAUUUUUAUUGAGAAGGAAUAUUUAGAUGGAUGUAGGUGUGAAAUUAUUUUUAUAUUACUUGAUUUUUGAUCCUAGUUUUCAGAAUUUAAGCAGACAACUGUUUUAUUUGCAAGAGAAAAUCCUUUGAACAUUGGAACUACCAAGACUUCAUUUUCUAUGUCAUCACAAAAAUAGGCCUAGUAAAAUAAUAACUUGAUGAAGCUCUUGGAUGGGGUCUAGUCUAAAGUAAGAAAUAAGUCACUCUGUAUGUGCUUUUAGCCAACAAGAAGUUUCUGAAAGGCAGCACACUUUUGUGUCAAAACUCAAUGUUAGUGUUAUGUUUUAUUGAUCUGUCAGCAGUGUUGAGCUUAAGUGGACGUUUGUCUCAGAUCAGCCUUAAUAUCCUCAGAAGUGCACUCAGAUAUUCCGACCAAAUGAAAUGCUCGGGGUUAAUUUAUUUAAGGUAGCGAGGGAUUAAAAAAAUGCCAAAAUCAACAUGUUUGUCAUUUAUGACACUGCAAAAAAAGAUUUUUUAUCUUCAACUAGAUUUACAGGAGAAUGAUUCCAGCACGUAUGAAUAGUCACAAAGACUCGGAAGGCAGUGAUGUUAACAUGUAAUCUCACUUUUUUUAAAAAAUGUAUUCCCAGCAGGCUUUUCACAUAUUUUUCAAAAGUUGAGGUACGUAAUGAUGGUGAAGGUCUGAAUUUUAGGUGUAACUGGAUAUUCUACCUUUUUUUUUUUAGCCCUGGUGAUAACUGGGUUGUCAUUUUCUAUUCUAAAAGAAAAAUUAUUAAUGGAGACAAAUUGAUUGAGAUAAAUUAAGCACUGUUCUGUGAUCCUGUUGAGGAUUGAGUAGAGAUGGGUGCAAGUGGGAGAACUCACUGAUGUUUGUCACCUUACUUUUUGCAGAGUUUUGAGCUAUGUAGUUGGUGUCCAUUGUCUUACAAUGCCGUUCUCUAUGAAACUAAAUGCUGUAAAAAAGGAAAGGAAUGGAUUGUGAAUAGGUAAUUAAGCUGUUAAAGCAAUGGUUGUGACAUUAAGUCUUUGAACGAGUAGGUUUAGGAGAGUAUGCAGAGCUGGAGGAUACAAGUCAGAUUAUUUAGGUGGAUGGGGGAGAAAAGCAGGAAUAAUUAUGCCCAUAACCCCAGAUCUACAGAGUGGCUUGAGCGUAAAACUAUAUUGCGGUAUUAUAAUUUCGCAAAGCAACAUUUCUGAAUAGAUGGCUUUAAUAGAGCACAAAGUACUUAAGUGCAAUUGAGCCUGCUGCAACUAGUAGAUGAACAUUAAAAUUGGUGUAAGAAAAGAGAACUGUGACUCUAAAUGAGCAGUCAUGUGGUUUUUAGAAUAUAUUAUUUAAAUGUUAUUAAGAUUGUGAUGAAAUUUCUUUUUCUAAGAAUUAUUAUUAUGUGUGUCAAAAUUAUCAUUUAUCUGCCUGUUAUGUGCCAAUUAUGAAAUGCUGGGGUAGGAGGAUUAUUGUAUGUUUGUGUUUUGUUAUAGUAUACAUGCAGCAAUGGUACUUUGGGGACAAAAUGUAUAUUUUCUUGGACGAGUCAGUUUCAGCUGUAACUUGUAAAUGCAUACGAUGAGUUUUAUCACAUACAUUUUUUUGUAAAAUUUU